CUGCAGCCAGGGCGCAGUUCGUCUUCCUCGUUGUGUGCAGCCAACUGGUGAGCUACUAUAAACAAGCGGGAAAACGAAGUCAUGGCCAUCUUUGAGAGAUUCACCCGGCUGAAGUCUGCGUCCAGAUUCCUGCAGUACACCACAGCUCUGUGUCCAACGCACUCAUGGGCACCUGAGAGAGGCCCACUGCUGCGGUCAGCAGGGUGGAUCCAGCAUAGAUGUGUCCACGGUGGAGGAUCCGAGGCCUCAGAUGCUGCUCCCCCUCGGAGGCCUUUUUCUCAGGUGACCCCAGGUGACCUGGACUUCUUCAGACAGCUGCUGCCGGGGAGGGCCAUCACGGACCCAGACGUGCUGGAGUCCAGCAAUGUUGACUGGCUGAAGUCAGUGAAAGGUAACAGUGAAGUUCUGUUAAGACCCAAGACUACAGACGAGGUCUCUCAGAUACUCAGGUACUGUAACGAGCGGAACCUGGCAGUGAGUCCUCAGGGUGGCAACACUGGGCUGGUGGGAGGCAGCGUUCCUGUGUUUGAUGAGAUCAUCCUGUCCACCGCCCUCAUGAACCAGAUCCUAACCUUCGACGGCAUCUCAGGUAUCCUGACGUGUCAGGCUGGCUGCGUGUUGGAGAGUCUGUCUCAGUAUCUGGAGGAGCGAGACUUCAUCAUGCCGCUGGACCUCGGGGCGAAGGGCAGCUGCCACAUCGGGGGGAACGUGUCCACCAAUGCGGGUGGCUUGCGGCUUCUGCGCUACGGCUCCCUCAGAGGGACAGUUCUGGGCCUGGAAGUGGUGCUGGCUGAUGGCAGGGUAUUGAACUGUCUGGCUACAUUACGUAAGGACAACACUGGCUAUGACCUGAAGCAGCUCUUCAUCGGUUCUGAGGGAACACUUGGGGUCAUCACUGCUGUGUCCAUCCUGUGCCCUCAUAAACCCAAAUCGGUCAACGUAGCCUUUUUAGGGUGCUCCAGCUUCCAGAACCUGCUGGAGACGUUUCAGGCCUGCCGGGGCAUGCUGGGAGAAAUCCUCUCUGCUUUCGAGUUCCUGGACGCCUCCUGCAUGAGCCUGCUGGUGAAACAUCUCAAGCUCACCAACCCCAUCACUGAGAGUCCCUUCUACAUCGUCAUCGAGACCGCUGGGUCGAACGCUGCCCACGACGAAGAGAAACUUCACAACUUCUUAGAUAAAGUCAUGACGUCGUCACUGGUUACGGACGGCACGGUUGCGACAGAAGAGGCAAAAAUAAAGACUCUUUGGUCUAUGAGGGAGAGGAUCACUGAGGCUCUGAGGAACGACGGAUACACCUACAAGUACGACAUCUCCCUGCCCGUGGAGAAGAUCUAUGACUUGGUCACUCACAUGAGGGAGCGUCUGGGAGACAGGGCGAAAAAUGUCGUUGGCUAUGGACACGUUGGCGACGGCAACCUUCACUUGAACAUCACCUCUCCCUCCAAAGACCCGGCCCUGCUGGCUGCCAUUGAGCCGUACGUGUACGAGUGGACGUCGCGAUACCAGGGCAGCAUCAGCGCAGAGCACGGCCUGGGCCUGAAGAAGAGGAACUACAUCUACUACAGCAAGACCCCUGAAGCAGUGACCCUCAUGGGCAACAUCAAGGCCAUGCUGGACCCCAAAGGGAUUCUUAACCCUUAUAAGACGCUGCCGGACGACAUUCGCUGACGCUGAGUCCAGCUGAGCCUCAGGGAGAGCUUUUACAAAUGGUUUGAGAAGAGUUUUCUAAUGUUAGGAUGCAAACGUUGAUGCGUCUGGUUCUCAUCACGAACUUCCACUGGUGCACGAUUUGAUAAACAUCUCUAGUGGAUAGAAUAAAAAUGAAGCACUGCUGACUCCAGAGAGCAGAUGUUUUGUAAUGAUGGACUCCAAAUGGUUUUGAAUAAUUCUGAUUGCAAAUCAUGAAACGUGAGACAUGUGAAAUUGCUGGAUGUAAAAUUUCCUAUUAAAAUCUGACAUUAUUCCUAAUGUA